AUGCCUGGCCGAGUCGCCGCCCGUUCGACAUCUGCGGCAACGCGCAGGUCAUCCGCACAACCCUCCACUGGACGUGCGCCAUCGGUGACUCCGUCCUUCGCGAUUCCCGAAGAACCCGCACUACCGUCAACAUCGCCCAACCUCCGCCGUGAUGUGUGCGCCAUAUUUGCAGAUGCCCAACGAUCAACUACCGGUCAUCGCAAGCUAGUGGUGCGCUUGCGCAAAUUACAAGAAAUUUGCUGUGGUAUUCCCCAGAGGAACAAGAAGGGAAAGGAUCAAGAGCCGGAGGAGGUCGUGAUACCCGAAGAACAAACAGUCGCUGAAAAGGAGUUCAACAUCGAGGUUGGCCGCUGCAUGCUGCGUAUCCUUCCGAUUAAGAAGUCAGAGCCUGUCGGGGACCGUAUUCUGCGCUUCCUGGAUACCUUUCUUGCACAUGCUUCCGAGAAAGAUGCUGAGCUUUUUGCAUCCAAGGAUGAGGAAGAUGAUGGAAUGCAUUCUGCCCCCGAAACUCCGACUUCUCGUCUCACCUCGAGCCUCGUAGACUUGAUGGUUCCCAUCCUCGCCUCGAAGGAUAAAAUGGUGCGAUUCCGCGCAACCCAGAUUAUUGCACACAUCGUCAAUACCCUCGAGUCAAUCGAUGACGAGCUGUAUCACACCAUUCGACAGGGCUUGUUGAAACGAAUUCGCGACAAAGAGUCUUCUGUGCGAGUGCAGGCGGUCAUCGGGCUAGCCCGGCUGACAGGUAACGAGGACGACGAAGAUGGCAAUGAUGACAACUCCACCGCACUCCUCGAGAAAUUGAUCGAGAUCAUGCAGAACGACACGAGCGCCGAUGUUCGCAAGAGCCUUCUCUCCAAUCUCCCGCUCGCCCAGGUUACUCUUCCCUACCUCCUCGAACGAGCUCGUGAUCUCGACGCACCCACCCGACGGACAUUAUACUCACGUCUUUUGCCCACACUUGGCGACUUCCGCCAUCUGUCCCUCGGGAUGAGAGAAAAGCUGCUGCGCUGGGGCUUGCGUGACCGUGAUGAAAGCGUUCGCAAGGCAACCGGAAAGCUGUUUUACGAUCGCUGGGUAGAAGACUGUGCCGGUAGCAAUCAAGGCGAAAAUCCCGUCCAACGAUCUGCUCCCAAUAUGAACGCUCUUUUAGAGUUGCUGGAAAGAAUUGAUGUCGUCAAUUCCGGGGUUGAAAGCGGUAUUGCCCAUGAAGCGAUGCGUAGCUUCUGGGAGGGUCGUCCCGACUAUCGGGACGCUGUUGUUUUCGAUGAGCCGUUUUGGGAGUCUCUAACCGGAGAGUCGGCAUUUCUUCUGCGUUCGUUUAACGCGUUCUGCCGUGUUGAAAACGAGGGAAAGUACGAUGACCUUGCGGAUGAGAAGAUGCCCACCGUCACCGCCCUGGCCUAUUUCCUCUCCAAGUAUACCACCAAGCUGUUGGAGCGCAAGAAGUUUUCCAAGGAGACUGGAGACGCCAACGAUGAAGAUGCAACUGAGAAUGAGUUUAUUGUCGAGCAACUGUUGCAUAUCGCAAUCACUUUGGACUACAGUGAUGAAGUGGGUCGACGGAAGAUGUUCUCUCUCUUGCGCGAGUCACUUGCCGUGCCAGAAUUACCGGAAGAGUCGACAAAGCUUGCUAUCGAGGCUCUAAGAUGUGUUUGCGGUCCAGACGCUGCUGCCGAGAGCGAGUUCUGCAGCGUGAUUCUUGAAGCUAUUGCCGAGGUGCAUGACACCAUCGGCACCGAGGAGAGCUUUGUAUCCGCUAAAUCUGAGAUCAGCGAUGAUACCAGUAGCCGUGCUCGAUCUGAAACACCGGCAACUGAUGACGAAGUACCAUUCAACAAGGAAGAGGCCAAGGCAAAGAUCCUCCGUGAGAUUGUGGUCAAUAUGAAAUGUCUUCACAUUGCGCAAUGCAUGCUCCAAAACGUGGAAGGCAACUUACAGCAAAACAUGAACCUCCGUACCAUGUUGAAUAGCCUUGUUGUACCCGCAGUGCGAAGUCAUGAGGCUCCUAUUCGGGAACGUGGUCUCUACUGUCUGGGCCUUUGCUGCCUCCUUGACAAGAAUGUCGCCGAGGACAACAUGACUCUUUUCAUCCAUUGCUACAGUAAGGGCCACGAGGGACUCCAAGUGACUGCAAUCCAGAUUAUCUGUGACAUGAUCACAACCCAUCCCUCGUUGCUGGCCCCAGUUGUGGAUUCAGAUGGCGAGACGUUGGCAACCCCCGCCAUCCAGAAGCCCAUCCUGAAAGUGUUCUCGCGGGCUCUGAAAGCAACCUCUCCCGCUAGCGUGCAAUCGGGGGCCGCUACCGCCCUUUCAAAGCUUCUGCUCACUAACACCUUCACACCAUCUGGACCAAACGUCCCCCCUGCAAUCCAAGAAUAUAACCAGAAUGCCGUUGAAACGCUGCUUCAAAACCUGGUUGUGUCUUUCUUUCACCCACGGACUCGGGAGAACCCAGCUCUCCGUCAAUCCCUGGCAUAUUUCUUCCCAGUCUACUGCCAUUCGCGACUGGAGAACACUCAGCAUAUGCGGCGUGUUGCUGUGCCAGUCGUUCGAGCUGUCAUCAACGCGGCCGAGGAAUAUUACUCGCUAGAAGCUGAAGAGGAUAGCGAUGGUGAGAUCGACGAGAGUCUCGGCGAGCGUGAAGUGAAGGCCCUCAUGACUGGUGUUAUCGGCAUGCUUGCCGAAUGGACUGACGAGCGCCGCGUUGUUGGACUGGGUGGCGAACGUGUCCUGGCUGGUGGUGCAGCUAGCUCAAGUGCAUGUGGCUGGGUACACCUGGCGCUAGUCAAAGACAUCCUUGAGCGAGUUCUGGGUGUCAGUGCCGGUACCAAUCGUUGUUCGCGGGAAGAACGCAAGCUGCUCUUUACACUCCUCAGCAAACUCUACAUUGCCGCUCCCACGCUUCCAUCGCGUGGGGGCUCUCGUGCUCCCGAAGGCGAAGACCAAUUCCGCACCAGCAUUCGCAGCGCGACUAGUAUCGAAAUCGAUGCGGAAAAUGUCGAAUUGGCCCAAGAAGUUAAGGAAUUGUUGGAUCAAACCAUCGAUGAGGGUUUGGCUGCGGGAGCCUCUAGCCGCAAUGCUCUCGUUAAGACCAAGAACUCCACUCUCAAGAUCCUUGCUGUUGCUCAGGAUGCUCGCGCCGCCAGUGUCCGCCCUCGUGCAGCUACAGAGGAUCUCGAGAGUGAUGCAGGAAGUGUUCGUUCAGCCAGCGUCCGGCGCUCUGUCGAACCCAUGGGCGCCAGUCGCCGCCAUGUAUCUGUGGAACCUAGUAUCAUGGAGGAAGAUGAAGGUGAUAGCGGCAUCCGAUCUGGCAGUGUGCGCCCGACUGUUGAGGGCGCUGGAGCCAGUCGAAAUUUCGUCUCUGUCGAGCCUAGUAUCAUGGAGGAAGAUGAAGAGGACGACCAUGAUACUAGCAGGGGAACCAUCAUCAAGGAAGAGGUCGCUGAUGAAUGA